UCUCGGCUUCCGUUCAACUUGUGGUCACAACGACAAAGCGAAAAUAAAAAGGAUAGCAAUUAGCUAGCCAGCUAAUCUCUUGCAUGACUCAGUCGCUGUACAUUUCACAGGUUUAUGAAAAAAAUGGAUAUGGUCAGGGGACCGGGCUGAAUUUAGAAACGGAUUUGGAGUUUUUCAAGUUGAAUUUCACCAGUCUAUGCAUCAGCAUUGCCAUGGAUAAAUCUCAGUGAUGGAGUCCCAGAGGAAAAGCUCUGGUGAGGAGGACAGUUCAGGGGAGCGAGGGUCACUCCACACCUGGAAGGGCUACUCCUAUAGUGUCACCCCAGAGAGAGUGCUCCUGUCCAGGCCUGUGCUGCAGGCUGCCCUGGGAACACGCCAUGGGGUUCUACUGGUGGAGGGCGGGCAGGUGUACAGCUUCGGUGAGUUCCCAUGGAAACAGAGCCAGGUGUUGGAGGUGGGCCCCCUGAAGCCUGUCCUAGAGAGCGCUCUCAGUGGCCAGCGUGUGGUUGCCGUGGCAGCGGGCAGUUUCCAUAGCGGGGCGCUUACCGAGGAUGGCGGGGUCCACAUGUGGGGGGAGAACUCGUUCGGCCAGUGUGGCCUGUCCAGCCUCACUGUAGUCCCCAACCCUACUCCAGUGGCUAUCAUGGACCCCGACACCAGCCCCCCCCAUACCAUCCGGGUCCUGGAGCUGGCCUGCGGGGAGCAGCACUCCCUUGCUCUCUCUGCCCAGCACGAGGUGUGGGCCUGGGGCAGCGGCUGCCAGCUGGGCCUGGUCACCACCAUCUUCCCGGUUUGGAAGCCCCAAAAGGUGGAGCACCUGGUGGGCAGACAUGUCCUUCAGGUGGCCUGUGGGGCCUUCCACAGCCUUGCCUUGGUGCGUUGCCUACCACCUCAGGAGUCCCGGCGGCCCCUGCCAGACAAGUGUGGCCAGUGCAACCAGCUGCUCUACACCAUGACGGACAAGGAGGACCACGUCAUUAUCUCAGAUAGUCAUUACUGCCCCCUAGGGGUGGAGUUGCUGGCUGAAGGAGAGGCCAGGCUGGGGCCUGGAAGGUCCCCUCCACUAGGGCUUCUGAGCUCCCCUUCAGAGCCCCUCCUCUCCUCUCAUACCUCUGCCUCAGCGCCAGGUCCCCAUCCAUCCAUAACAGAACAUACAGACUAUGAGAGGGGGAGGACAGUGGCACAGAAUGGGGAAGUCUUGACCACCACAGAUGCUGACAUCUCUGCUUCUGGGACAGACUCUGAUCGAUGUGUGGGGGGUGCAGGGUCUCGGAACUCCCCCUACCCUGAUGAUCAGGCAGUGAAAGAAUAUCUCAAGAAACUAUCUGACACCUCUUUGGCUGAGGAGACUGCCAAGAUGACCAUAGCAGGAGCAAGUUUUCUGCCCCCAGCAGAUAGCCUUGACCUCCUGACCUCUGAUCUCAUCCCCGGGGUCAUGCCAGUGACCACCAGCUCUGCCCUCAACAACCUGGUCUCAUCCUGUGCCUCCGCCGUGGGCGAGAGAGUGGUCUCCACCUACGAGGCUCUGUCCCUGAAGAAGAUGAUUAACUACUACUACCCUGGGGUUGGGGGUGUAGCAGGAGUACCCGGUGGGUUUCCAGGGGGACCUGCGGAGGUGCGGGUGCGUCUGGAGGAGUCCAUGCAGGGGAAGAAGAGCUGCAGCACGGGGGAUAUCCGUGAGGAGGAAGCAGAGGGCCUGAGUCGACGUCUCUCUCUGCCUGGACUCCUCUCUCAGGUGUCCCCCAGGUUGCUGCGGAGGGCCAGCCGGCCCAGGGUGCGAGCGGUGCCCCUCACCCCUGUGGGAGGGCUCCCAGAGGCGGGGGAGCUGCUCCCCUCCCUGCAGACCGAGGUGUGGAGCUGGGGGCGGGGCGAGGAGGGCCAGCUAGGCCACGGGGACAACCUCCCCAGGCUGCAGCCACUGUGCAUCAAGUGCCUGAGCAGUAAGGAGGUGGUGCUUGUGGCUGCUGGGGCACAUCACUCCCUGGCCCUGACUGCACAGUCCCAGGUCUUCUCCUGGGGUAGUAACAGCUCUGGCCAGCUGGGACACAUGGCAUCUCCUACUACUAUCCCUCGCCUUGCCAAGCUGUCUGAGGGGAUCCGUGUCUGGGACGUGGGUGCGGGGGCGCAGCACACCCUCCUCCUGGCCGAUGGGGACUGUUAUCAGCCCAUCCUUUACUAUAGCGGACAGCAGGUCAGAGAGGGGGUGCAGGACACACCCCAGGACCAGACGGAGGGGUACAGCUACACCCAGCAACCAGUGCUGCUCCCCUUCUGCAUGAACUUGGGCUACGUGAGCGGUGUAUUUGCAGGGGGCCAGAGCUGCGUGGCGCUAGCCGACCGCAACGCCAUGGGUUUCAUCGCCAGCCUCCACGAGCUGGCUACUGCCGAGAGGAAGUUCUACUGCAAGCUGAGCUCUGUGAAGAACCACAUCCUGCGCCCCCUGUUGGACCUGGAGUCGUUGAGUACAGCUCUAGGCCCGGCGUCCACAGUGCUGCUACGGAGCCUGGUGAGGUGUUAUAGCCGCCUGUGUCACCUGACUGGCCAGCACUCUGCCUCCAUCACCUCCAACCUGCGCCGCCGCCGGGAGUUUAAAAGCCUGGUUAUGCUGGAGCAUGCCAGCAUCUUCCUGGACACGUACAAUGAGUACUGCUGCUCUGUGGGUAACUUCCUGGUGAUGGGGGGCUUCCAGGCUCUGGCCAAGCCCUCGCUAGAAUUCUUUGGGAAGUGUCCAGAGCUGUUGCAGCGGCUGGCAGAGUCCAGCGAGGAGAACAUUCCUCUGAGUGACCUGUUGGUGACGCUCUUCUACCUGCCCAUGAGACACCUUCACGAGUAUGGCAGGCUGCUGCUCAAACUGGGAACCUGCUUCGAGGUGAGCUCAGUGGACUACCAGAAGCUGCAGGACGGCUGCUCUAAGUUUGAGGCCCUAGCUCUUCAUCUGAAGAGGAGGAGGAAGGAGGCAGAGUACACAUACCACUUCUGGAAGAGCUUCCCUGGCAAGAUGACGGUCAGUGGCCUGGAUUCCCUGCGUAAGCCCCGCCGGAGGCUGAUCUGUGAGAGCAGUAACAAGGCCCUGACGCUACAGAACUCUGGAAGGUUCUCUGUCAACUGGUUCAUCCUCUUCAACGAUGCACUCGUCCACGCUCAGGGCGUGGUUCCCUAUAAAAGCCUUUUCUCCACCCACCACGUCUUCCCAUUGGCCACACUGUGGGUCGAGCCAAUCCCGGAGGAGAACACUGGCCUGCAUGGACUGAAGUUGAUCUCACCUGAGGAGACCUUCACCCUGUUGGCCUGUUCUUCCAUGGAGAAGGCCAAGUGGCUUCGCUCAAUCAACCAGGCGGUGGACCAGGCCAUGACUGGGGCGGGGCAGUCAGGCUCAGGCUCGGGAGCAGGGCAGAGGGCGGAGCCUCCCAUCUCCCGGACCGCCUCCUACACCUUCUACAAGGACAGCCGUCUGAAGGAGGCCACCUACGAGGGUCGCUGGCUGGCCGGCAAGCCCAAUGGGAGGGGUGUGGUGAAGUGGCUUGAUGGGAGAAUUUACACGGGGACGUUCAAGAACGGACUGGAGGAUGGUUUUGGAGAUUACGUUAUGCCCAGCAAGACGUUGAACCUGAACGACCACUAUCAAGGCCACUGGAAAGAAGGGAAGAUGCACGGCAUCGGAACAUACAAGUAUGCUACAGGUGAGUUGUACGAGGGCUCGUUCCAGGACAACAUGCGCCACGGCCACGGGAUGCUGCGCAGCGGCACGCUGAACUCCUCCUCCCCCAGCGUCUUCAUCGGCCAAUGGGUGCACGACAAGAAGACGGGCUACGGCGUCUUUGAUGACAUCACCAGAGGAGAGAAGUACAUGGGCAUGUGGCAGGAUGACCAGCGGCAGGGCACGGGCGUCAUAGUAACCCAGUUUGGCCUGUACUACGAGGGAGCCUUCAACAACAACAAGAUGCAAGGCACAGGGGUCCUGCUGUCUGAGGACAACACCACAUAUGAAGGAGAGUUCUCGGAGGACUGGACUCUCAACGGAAAGGGUGUGCUGACUAUGCCUAAUGGGGACUACUUUGAGGGCUCCUUCACCGGGGAGUGGGGCUCCGGCCUGAAGGUCACCGGAUCCUUCUUCAAACCCAACCUCUACGACUCAGACGGGGACAAGGGUCGCGCUGUUAAGCUGGGGCGCCUGGCAGUGCCUCCGGAGGAGAAGUGGAGGGUAGUGUUUGAGGAGUGUUGGAUGAGGCUGGGCUGUGAGGCCCCUGGCCAGGGAGAGAACCAGCGAGCCUGGGAGAACAUCGCUGUAGCCUUGACCACCAGCAGGAGACAGCACAGAGACAGCCCGGAGAUGAACCUGAGUCGGACUCAAAACAGAAUGCUGGAGAGUCUGGAGUUCAUCCCUCAGCAGCAUGUUGGUCCUGUUACCAUGGAGAAGUAUGACAGUAUCCGGCGUUACCUCAUCAAGGCAUGUGACAUGCCCCUGCACCCCCUGGGCAGGCUGAUGGAGACCCUGGUGGCUGUCUACAGGAUGACCUACGUGGGGGUGGGGGCCAACCGCCGCCUUCUGCUGCAGGCUGUCAACGAGAUCAUGUCCUACCUGGCCCGCAUCUUCCAGCUCGUCAGGUUCCUGUUUCCAGAUCUGCCUGAGGAGGGUGGAGCGAUCCCUGAACCCUCCUCUGACCCCCAGGACAAGAAGGACUCCAACUGCGCAGACACCAAACUAGAAUCCCCCAAACCUGGGCGUGUGGUGAGUAGCUCCGCUCUGCUCCUGCCGGUGUUGCUGCCUCGUCUCUACCCCCCUCUCUUCACCCUGUACGCCCUGGAGAAGGAGAAGGAGGACGACGUGUACUGGGAGUGUGUCCUCCGCCUCAACAAACAGCCGGACGUGGCCCUGCUCGCCUUCCUCGGCGUGCAACAUAAGUUUUGGCCAGUUUCGGUUCCAGUGCUGGGGGAGAAGACCGAGGUUGUGUCCAGCACAAAAGAUGCCUGUUUUGCCUCUGCAACGGAGACCUUACAGCAGAUCAGCACAACGUUCACCCCAUCCGACAAGCUGCAGGUGAUCCAGCUGACAUUCGAGGAGAUCACAAAGGAAGUGAUGUCAUCUCUGGAGGAUAACUUCCUGUGGUCCAUGGACGACCUGUUUCCUGUGUUCCUCUACGUGGUGCUGCGCGCCCGGAUCAGGAACCUGGGAUCAGAGGUGAGUCUGAUAGAAGACCUGAUGGACCCCUGUGUACAGCACGGAGAACACGGCAUCAUGUUCACCACACUCAAGGCGUGUUACUAUCAGAUCCAGCAUGAGAAGACCACAUAAGAACCACAGAGAAUCUCUGUAUUGUAUACUGCAGCAGCUCUAUGUAAAGUGGCAGUCCGCCAAUUAGAGAGCAGGGAUUGGAGAGGUUUGGAGUGAUGCUGUCUCAGGGUCGUCACAGGAGGGUCACGAUGACUGACACAGGCUGCUGACUGUCCAUCUGUUCCCCCGUAGCAGGAUCCCCUCCCCCUUACAUACACACACAUACAUAAACACACACACACUACACAGCUCCCCGCUCUAACCGCUACCUUUUGGUGACCAUGUCAUCAGGCUCAUACACCUACUUGAUUGAUCAGGUUGACCUCUGUAAACCCAAGGUGUUGUAAAACUGUAUUGGCAUUUUGGCCAGUUCACCUGUCCAUAGGCUUUGUGACUCCUUAGCCCCUGAAUGAAGGAACCUGCUCCUUGAAGCCGUCUGGAAUAGGGGCUUACUGUGAUGUGCGCCGAGCCAGUGGAGUUUUAGCUUGAUGGUGGACUGUUGUGAAUAUGACUGGCUAUUUCCUAUUCGCACUACAGUAGUGGCAGAGAUGAUAACCGCCUCGUUUGUCACCCAGCUAAGGUAGUGAAAUGGAAGUCUAUGAAGAGAAACUGCAACGUUUAAAAUCCAAGUGAGACUCACCCUGAACUUGGAGCCUGUCUAAUAACAAGACCCCAUCCUGUAUGUACAGUAUGAGGUGGCAACUUCCAUUGGACCUCAGCCCUCAAAAGCACAUGUUAUUUAAUGGACCAACGCAAUACGUCACAUUGAUGCCACUUAAAACACGAAACAGGAUUUAACCUCCGUGAUAUCUGAGGCUGUGUACGGGUCGCUAGCCUGCGCUUAAUCAGAGCAACACCAGAUGAAGUUGUUUUUGUAGUUGAAAUGUCAAAUGCACACUCGGUACAGUUUUGGUGUUAUUGUUGUGUUCAUUGUUCUGGGGGGAGGGAAUCUGAACUAUACAGCUCUGUAUUCAGGUGAUUUGUGAAGAUGUGAGGUUGGGUGACGCUCUAAUGUUUCUCACGUGAUGCAGUUCAAUGACAGCCAGCUAAUGUGCACCUCAAAUGCUAGCCUUUUAAAAUAUUUCCAUUCGUACUGCGUCAUAUGUAUUUCUAACCACGCUGUUUGCGCGGUAUUUAUAAUGCUACAAGGUGUUUGUUCAGGUCACUUUGUUAUUGUACACCAGAGCUGGAAUUCAAAUGAACACCUAUAUGAAAUGUUGACAUUUGAUGGGUAACACACAGUAGAAGACUGUUUCUUUUUCUUUUUUGUUAUAAAUCUCUUCCUGCAAUAUAUAGCUCAUGUAAUGUUCAUGUUUUGGAGUUCGUCAAAUCAGAUGGAGGCUAUUACCAGGAAGCAAUAUUGUUAAUGUAUUUGUUUGGUGUGCUCCUUUUCAUGCAGACUGUCUUAUGACAGUAUGAUGCAGUAUUUGUUACUACCUGCAAGGCAAUCACUACCCUGAAGAAACUGUCUCUGUUCAACUGGUUGGGGGCUGAUCAUGCUGUAGUGGCAUUGUGACAGUUAGACAGUGGUUAUACAGUGACAUUGAAGUCUACCAAAAGCAGUUUUCUUUUUUUUAUAUCUCAAAUCUAGGCAGAAUGAUUAAUCUGGGGAAAAUAGUUUGUUACAACUAUGAAUUGAGUGUUUGAUGGAACACGCAGUACAUAAGAAUUGCUAUUUUAAACAGAAUUUGAUUGUAUCCUGGUAUUUGGUUAACUCUUUAUUCAGCUUGUUUGUAAAUUGUAUGGUCAUUCCAAGAUUUACCUCCAUUUUCCCCAAUAAUUCCUUUGGCAUGGACUGGUUAUUUCUCUGUAUAUUUGUUUACACCUGAAACACAUGACAUGAGGUGCUGCAUGAUAGGAAAUGUAUCAAGUGUUUGACCCAUAGACUGACUAACAUACAUCUUCCUUCAUAGAUUAUGUGACUGCUUGUACUGCCAGGUUAAGGUGUGUUCAAUUGGGUAGUGUUAUCUGUAUGUUGUCACAUUGGUCUUUUUUAGGGGAAUGAUGUCAACAUUUUGUCUAAUGUACAUCUUAAUGUAAAGAAAGGGCAAUAAAGUGAGCUGACAAAUUUCCCUUUUAAAUGACA